GGCGACUAUAUAUGUGUAGGCAUUAAUUAAAGGUGCACACUCUCGGUGCUUCGUAUCAAAGCCGCGAUACCAAUCCUCUUCGAUUGGAGUGUAAUUCGGAUGGGCCGAAUUUGAUGCAGUCCAUAUUGUGAGCAAGAUGAGUUCGGACAACCACUUGGCACACAAAAAAAGAUGCCGAGUGAUAGAGAGCGACUCUGACGAUGAAUGCGAGGAUGCAGGAGAGGACGGUCAAACAGAAUCACCUCCUGACGUGGGAGGUGAUCGAGCAGAAGACAAAGAUAAAGGACCUGAAACUGAGGAAGAGUCUAGUGAUAACUCUGAGGACGAGGAAGCAGAGAGUGGAAGCGAAGAAGAAGAUGAAAUUGAGGACGACGACGAAGAUGAAGGUGAAGAAUCGGGUAAUGGUUCGGAAAAGGAAGAAGCGGACACCGUCACGACGCCGCAUAAUGCCAAGAAACCCUGGGUGAUGUCGGAGGGUAGCAGCGAGAGCGAGAGCGGUGGUGAGGAGGUUGACCGGUGUCCUGUGUGCCUGCGCCGGUUUCGCUCACAAGACAUCGGCACACCCGAAUCGUGUGAUCACAGUUUCUGCUUGGAAUGCAUCGAGGAGUGGUCCAAGAAUCUGAACACUUGUCCAGUAGACAGACAAGUUUUUCAUCUGAUAUUUGCAAGACACAGCUUGAAUGGACCUAUAUUUAAGAAGAUCACUGUCAAAGACAGGCAGGCAGCAGAUCCGGAGGAGGAUGAAGAUCCAACCUACUGCGAGUUGUGCGGUCGGUGUGACCGGGAAGAUCGACUCCUACUCUGUGACGGCUGUGACCUAGGGUACCAUUUGGAGUGUCUGGAUCCUCCGCUUGCUACAGUUCCUCUAGACGAGUGGUUUUGCGGUGACUGUCUUGACGCGGGCCGCCGGGAAGACGUAUCGUGCGACGAGGAGGAAGAGGUUGCCGCCAGAGGGCGCCGCGGAGGCGACGGUGGAACGCAGGCGGUGCCGCGCACACGACUCAGCGAGCGCGUGCGCACUCGCAUCGUGGAGCGGCGUGUGCAGGAGGGAAGCGUCCGCAUCAUCCAGGGAGAGAUAUACGACCCGGAAGACGACGACGACGACGACGAGGAGGAGGACGACGACGAGAAGUAUGAGAUCUACGUUCCGGGGAAGGAUGAGUGUAAUUCUACGCCGACGACCUCUGCUGGCAUAUCAGCUGUCGCAAAACCGAAACCAAAACCGAAAGCUACGCGGCGGAAGAAGCGGUCGACCGGCCGCAAGCGCAAAACGACGAAAAAACGUAAGACGACGAGGAGGAGGAAGAGAACUACGAAGAAGAAGAAGACACAGUCAUCUGCGAAGUCGUCGUCGACGUCGACUGCUAGAUCGGCGAGAAAGAAACCGAAGCGGCGGCGGAGGAAAAGGAAGGUCAAGCGAGGAAGGGUUGACAAGGAGAAGCUGCGCAUGCUGCGUAACACGGUGAAGAGGCGCAUCGCGUCGAGGCUGGGUCUCGCGAAGCCCCCGGCCGGCCGCAGCAUCCCGAUGGUGCGUCGUCCCGCGUCGCGCACGCUCGACAACCAGCGCGGCGACAUCGGCGUUGAACCCCUCCACAUCCUCGGCAAGAGAGACGAGCUCGGCUUCUCCGAUCACUGGUACGUAGUGUCUCUGACCACUGGUCCACAUCCUCGGCAAGAGAGACGAGCUCGGCUUCUCCGAUCACUGGAGAAGCGGCGGAAGAAGGAUCGCGGCGUUGGCGCGGAGUUGAGCGAGCGCAAGGACGGCAAGAAGCUGUACUCGAUCCCGGCGCGGCGGCGCGAGGCCGAGCUCGAGAUGAUCCUGCAGGCGCGCACGGAGAAGGAGCUAGUCGCGAAGGAGCAGCGAGAGGAGGCGGAGAAGCUUGCGGCGAUCGCACAGCGCGCAGAGGAGAAGUUCCUCCGUCGGCAGCAGGAGAAGGAGCAGCAGCUGGAGCGCGAGCGCCGCGAGGCGGCGGAGAAGGCGGCGAGGAGCGAGGAGGAGGAGGAGCGCGUCUCCGACGGCGACGAGGAGGAGGAGGAUGCGGUCGCCGGCGGCGACCAGGACUCGCGCAGCCUCGCGGACCGGCGCGUCGAGGAGCUCUCGCGUCGGCUCGCUGAGCGGCGUCGCGAGGAGAAGCUGGAGAAGGGCAACCGCUUCGUCACGGCGGAGAACCUCAUCGAUCCGGACGGCAUGCCGGGGAAGGACACGGGAAGCUACGACUUCCCCGACGCAAAGAACAUCCACAUCAUGUGCGACUUCCGCGAGACCCGAGAGAAGUCGUCGGCAGCGGCGACGGAAUCGCAGAAGAGGGGCGCGGCGUCGCGGCCGGGCGCGGGUGGAGGAGGAGGAGGAGGAGGGGAGCUGAAGGAGGACGGGGAGGUGUCGCCGACCGACAGCCAGCCGACGCCGGUGUUUGACGAGAACGACGACUCGUGCAGCCCCCUGGCGGUCGCGGCGGGAAAGGCGCGGGUCGGCGGAGGCGGCGACGCAAAAGCGUAUGUUGCCGCGGCGAAGGCGAGCGUGUCGUCGUCAUCGGCGACGUCGUCCUCAGCCUCCUCGCCCGCACACGGAGAUUCACCGUCGCAGAAUCAUCGCACCGCGGCAAAGACGGCGGCGGCGGCGCCCGAGAAGAGUCCGGAGUAUGAUCCAUUCCAGCCGACCCAGUCGCCGGACAGCUCAUCCGAGCGAAAUGCAGAUGGCGUGAUUCAGUCGAGUAAGGGCGACGGAAAAACGUCGGACGACAAGGCCGAGUAUGGCAGCAGGCUGGAGAAAUCGAUAAACCAAUCACCGGCGAAGGAGCUGCCGGACGGCGUGCCGUUCCCGCCUUCCUCCGUGCCACCGUUAGCGCCUCCGUUCGCCCCAUCGAACCUCCCCCCGUCGCUCCUCAGCGUCCCACCCGCCCUCAACCUGCUUCCGCCGCCCUUCCUCUUCAGCGUGCCUCCCCCGAGCCUCCCCUCGGGGGUUCGUCCGUCGGCCGCCGCCCCGCCCGCCGCAGGCUUCCACCCACCCUGCUUCCCUCCGCCUCCGAUCGAUCUCCUCGCGGCGACCUCCGACACCGACUCGUCGCCGUCGUCGUCGCCCCGCAACCUGCUGGCGAAACCCGGCGGCGCCGAGCCGCCGGCGAUGACGCCGCUCGACCAGCGGCUGCAGGACGCGUGGAAGACCGUGGACGCGCUGCCGUCGGCGCUGCUCGAAUCGCCCGCGCGCAAGAAGGAGGGCGCGCCCUCGUGGCCGGGCGAGAAUCUUGACCCGGCUGGCAUCCCGCAGAAGAACGACCUGCUGAAGAUGAUCGAGGCAGCGACGCAGGUGUUCGAGCGGAACACGGCCGAGGGCGGCAAGGAUCGCCCGGGCAUCCUCAAGAAGUCGAAGCUCGGCGACUCGGAGAAGCAGAACGGCGAGACGGGGCCAGACAUGGACCGCAUCGCCGAUAUGGAACUGGAGGCGACGCUGCGGCAGCCUCCCGUUGCUAAGCAACCGUCGCCGGAGCUCAUCGCGAUCGUCGAGGGGAAGCAGGACGCGCAGGUGGCGGCGUGGCACGGCGGCGCCGCCGCCGCGGGAAACAGCAGGGAAACCUAUCUAAAGAAACGACUCAGGCAGGAGCGGGUGAUUGAGGAAGUGAAGGUGGCGCUGAAACCGUUCUACAAUCGGCGAGAAAUCGAUAAGGAAGAAUACAAGGAGAUCAUGCGAAGAGCCGUACCAAAGGUUUGCCACAACAAGCUGGGAGAGAUCAACCCGGCAAAAAUACACGAUCUCGUCGCCGGCUACAUUGUCAAAACGAAACAGCUUCGCAAGCACGAGAUUAAGAAAGCUCUCGGCCUCUCCGGCCCCUCGAAGGAGAGGUCCUCCGCAAAGUCGAAAUCGCACAAGAAACACUCGACGGCGCUGAGGUGACGAUGAGCGGCGAGUGGCGCCACCUGCCGGCGCGCAGCAGGGCGCCGCGGGGCGGGGCGACGUUCGUGACGACGUGAGUGACGGGUGCGCACCGAUGCGAUUGGUCGUGUGUGCGUGACGAGACGUCGUCGUCUUUCCCACAGCUUUGCGUUCGUGGAAGUGUCUGUGAGAUGACUCAGCUUUCGUACUUAUGCGUGAUUGUGUACAGAUGUGUAAGUUAUUGAUUUUAAUGCACCGGAUGAAUACACCGAUGCAGCCGGCUGCCAACGCUGCCACCUCGCUACGGAAAUAUACUCUAAAUCGUUAUGUCAGACAGAGAGAGAGAGAGAGAAGGCCAACAGCACAUUUUGUAAUUGCAGUCCUUUCCGAGUGGAAAGAUUCCUGCGUUGCGAUCGGUAUGCUUGCUUUCAAACUGUGUUGCUCUAGUGAGUAAAGAAUCCAUCACUGACAGAAGUCGUUCAGUACGUGGAAACACACUGCGCGUGCAAAUACCCAUUUGUAACAGAUCUGACAAGCGGUGCCAUCUGCCGGAGAAAAAGAUUAAGAAAUUGUUUUAAAUAUCAGCCCUGCACAUUGUUAUUCAAUUGUGUUGUAGGGUGGAGAUUACUACACAGAUGGGUCUAUUGUAAUCUCCUUGUGGUAUUGAAAGUUUGCUGCAAACAAUUGUUAAAUUGUGUGACUGUACAAAGUAGCAAAUGUUAUGUGUUGUUGAUUAUUUUUUUGCAAAUACUGUGUAAAAUAGCAGCUGUACAGUAGUAUAGUAAGGACGUUGUAUGCUUCAAGUAGCCAUAACUUCACCAUUAUAACAGGUGUUACUAAUUUAAGCAAAGCAAGUGUCUGUUGAUUGCAUAACUAAUAAGUAUUCUGAAAAUGGGCGAUUUUGUGUGGAGUCGAAGUAAGUUAAUAGAAACGUUAAACUGUAUGCACUGUAAAGGCGUUUGUGGUUAUUUUUUCCACAUUCGUCGUUUUCUGUUGCAGAGAGAACGGUUUCUAUGCGGUGAUUUUGAUUGUGUAAUUGGAAAAGAAUGUGUUUUAUAAGAAAUUCAGCAUAGGAAUAAUCAUUUUGAUUAAUGGCCUAAAAUUGGAUACCAGUGAUCAAGUAAACAUAUAUUGUACUAUUUGUAUGUCUUCCUUCCAAUAUUUUUAUUUUCUCUCUCUAUUUCCCUCUCUCCUUUCUUUCCUCUUUCCUUC